CCCGCCCUCAACGAGGAGGGAAAACCAGGUUCCCGCUCACGAGCACUAGGAACCCCCGCAAAACCGAACGAACCCUAGAGAGAGAUCUCACCAUCGCGGGCGAAUCGAAGACCCAAUCGAGUUGAGGGCGAUGGCGGCCUACGAUCCCAAGGACGACGUCGACCGCCUCUUCGCCUGCUUCAAAUGCGGCGUCUCCCCACCUCAGUCGGCGUUCAGGGAGAGGCCGCUCCGGCGGGGCAAGAGGUCGCGGGUCUCCCCCGCGGCUGGGACCGCCGGUAGCGGUGGCGGGAGCUCCUCCUAUGAUCCCACGCCAGACGCCGGCGCGGACAAGCAUGGCGCGCCGUCGUCGGGGGCGAUCAAAUUUACAGGCCGCAAGCAGAUGUCCCCGAUCGUGUUCUACGGUUCCCCGCAAGGCGUACCGGUGAAGAAGCCGCUCAGCCUCCUGAGGCUGCUGCGUGAGAUCCGCAUUGAUCUGAAGAAGCAAACCGACUCGAUCCCCAGGGAUGUUGUGUGGGCUACAUUUCCUAGGCAAGAGGAGGCGAUCAGGUUCUCCAAGGCACACACGCAUACCAAUGUCUUUAGCUAUCAAGAUCAUAGGACUGGGACAAGAAGGUUCCUUGUGUCUACAUACGACGAGUUCUGGAGAAGGUACAAUGAUAUGGAUUCCAAGAUUCGCCAUCACUACGAAGUUAUCCAGGAGGGUUCACCUUGCCACAUUUACUUUGAUCUUGAGUUUGAUACAAGAUUGAACAAGAAGAGAGAUGCAGAUGAAAUGGUCGAUAUAUUGGUUGCUGUUAUAUUUAGUGCCUUACACGAUAAAUACUCUAUUGAAGCACAAGAAGAGUGGAUCACAGAGUUAGACUCAUCUACUGAAGAGAAGUUUUCACGCCAUCUAAUCAUUCGUAUACCCAAUACUGCAUUCAAAGACAACUCCCAUGUUGGUGCAUUUGUCUCUGAGGUCUGUUCACAAAUUGCAGCUCAGCGUGCAGCCAAUCCUAACCUUGAUAAACUGUAUAUUACCAAAGAGAGUAGCUCUACAGGUCCUGUUGAUCAGCUCUUUAUGGAUACUGCCGUUUACUCUCGUAAUCGUUGUUUCCGUUUGGCUUUCUCAUCAAAAUCCGGGAAGAAUUCGUUUCUUGUGCCUAGCAGACGCUUCAAAUGCAAAGAAAUGAAUGAUAAAGAUGUCUUUAUGGAGUCACUUAUUUGCAGAUUAGAUGAUAACUGUGACAAACUUUUGAUAUGUAAACUGGACUUGGAAUGCAAGAAAACGUUGCAUUUUGACUCUGAAUUCAGCAUGCCUCAAAUUCAUGGAAGGAGCAAGAACUCCAUCUCCACUUAUCGAAGUGAUUUUCCUCAAGAAUCUACCUAUGGAAAAUCUCCUUUUCCAGCUUUAGAUGGCUUUAUUGAGUCUAUCGCUUCUUUUGGAAAUGUUUCAGGAAAAAUUCGAUCCUGGUACUGGUUUUCACAGUAUGGUUUGAUGAUAUAUAGUAUGUUAAGGAGCAGAUACUGCGAGAAUAUUGGAAGAGAGCAUAAGAGCAAUCAUGUGAUGUACAUUGUGGACUUUCAAAGAGCAGCGUACUACCAAAAGUGUUAUGAUCCUGACUGUCAAGGUUAUCGAUCACCACUCCGUCCUGUACCCUGGGACGUGAUGCCUGAGCUUAGCUCAGUAGCAGAGUCAGCCCAGGCAGAAUACCAGGGUGAAGUUGUAGAAAUCAACUUCGACGACAGCAGCAGGAACGGGUGCUAUCUGUCUGGUGGUAAAUCCGUCAUGGAGAGUUAUGAGGAUCCUGAUUGGUGGGAAGAAGCAGUGAAAUUUGCUGACAGCAUCGAGAACAUCGAGCGUGCUUCGGACCCUUUUAACUUGGAGGAUGAUGACGAUGCUGACUUCUGGAUGAAGGCAGAAAGGAUUAUGGAGCAGAUUGAGGGUCAAACAGGAUCACAGAGCAAUGCAUAGGGUUUCCUGCAGUCGCGUUGCCACUGAACACGUCCAUGCUGUUCAUAGCUGCCCUGGAACUUGCUUGAGGUGUCACGUGUGGCAGAGUAAUUGUUGUGUGAAUAUGUAGUUUCAGUUUUUGUGGGUGUAGCUGUACCUCAGCGUCGGUGUAAUGCAGAACAGAAGACAUUCAAAUAAUAUUCUUCUAGCAGAAAUUGCAAAAGCAGGUGGAAAAUUGCGA